GACCGUUAAUUAACGGCCGUCAAAGAAGAGAGACUGAGAGAGACCGAUGGAGAGAGAGAGACUUCAGCAUCUCAGACACCAAAACCUACUCAGGCGCUUAAAAUUCCCUCUUCGUUGCUCUCUUAAACUUCCAAAAUUUGUAUUUUCAUCUGGGUAACCAGAGAUAGAGAGUCUCAGAUUCUUCUCGGAUACGGGGGAGGAGACUUCCUACCUGGGUUCGUUCAAUUUCAACUGCCACAACCAUGACUAGUAAAGAAUCAGUUGUGCACGACGAUGAGUAUUCGCUGCUCAAAGACCUGAAACUGGAAAUCGACACAGUGGAAGACACAUUCUCUAUCUGUCUUUGGAUUUACCUUUUAAGCUCCAACCCCGUUCCAGCGACAAUCAUUCGUCAGAUGAAGUCUGACAUUGAAGAUGAUGCACCCUUUCUGGUCUUGAAUGAGGAGAAGAAAAUGAUGCUUUUCCCUUUGUUAUUCCUGCACAAGGAAGCUUCAAAUCCUGGAGACUCAACUUCAUGGACUGUAGUUUCAUCCACAUCUUCAGAGAUCGAGUGUCCAUUGGACAAAUGGGUUCAUGUUGGAUGUGAGGUAUCUAGAAAUUUUGUUCGCCUUCACAUGAAUGGGGUGGUGGUGGGAGAGAAGCCACUAUCAUCUGCAUUGAAGAAUGAUUCUACUUUGGAUGAUAUGAGAAAGGUAACUUUGGCUGGUGGGGGUGGUGAUGGGAGAUUUCAGAGUUACAUUCAUUAUGCACAAGCCGUGCCUUCGACUUCCUCUGUUAAGGAUUACUUUGUGAAGAACCCCCCACUGGAAUUAUCCAUUGACAGUUCAUGUGCUUCUGAGAUUGAAGAAGGUGGUGAUGGUGUUUGGAGUGUUGUUGGUGGCAAGGCAUCUUGUCGCAGGAAUUUCUCUCUAGACGUCGUUUUACUGGAUGCCUUUGGUCAUCCUGUAAACAAAGAAAUGGAGGUUGUUGCUUCACUUUUAUAUGCUGACAAUGGAGCACCUGUUGAAAAGCCCAGGGAUUCAGAAGCUCCCCUUUUGACAAGCUAUGAUGGAAUCGAGUAUGCGUCUUAUGAUAGACCAAGUAAACUAUUGCAUGGUCGUGCAUCCUUCAAGCUCAAGAUAUCUCAGCUUUCAUCAAAAUGUGACAAUAGGCUCUUCCGUAUUCGAUUUGAUUCACCAAAAGCUGGAAGAUAUCCUUUUUUUGAGGCUUACUCUCGCCCAAUCCGAUGUAUCUCAAGGAACCGUAAUACCCGGACGUCCUCUCUGCAGUUAAAGAAGUCAAUUUCUUCAGCUCAUCUACUUGAUGGGCCUCAGUCCUUGGGUUUGGAUGAUGGAUCCCCAGAAAUUCAACACAAUAUUGGUGAUGGUUUCUUUCCAGUAUCAACUGUACGCGAUCCUAAGUUCGCUCCUUCUCCAAAACGUGUAAAAGCAGGACCUGAAAAAUCAUCUGUGAGGGUCCAGGCUGACCCCAUUUUAGAGCCUGUAUACAACUCAAAUGUCUUCACCACUAAUCGGGGUGAGAAUGCUUUUGGGAAAAGUUUGGAGGAGAAACAUGAAAACCUUGAAGGAACAGACAAUACCCCAUCUGACUCCGAAAGUGUUCAAGCAAGAAUUUCCGCUUUCAAGAAGGUGACAAUCUGUACAAAUCCAAUUUCAGAUUUGACAGUGUUUAAAUACUGCCUAGGAAGCAUAAAUGAGCGGGCUUUACUGCUCAAGGAGAUCACCACAUCUGCUACUGACCAGGAGAUGGAAGACUUAGCACAGCAGGUUUCUCUGUACACAGGGUGUUUUCACCAUAGGUGUCAAAUCUUAAUUGCAAAACAAUUGGUACAAGAAGGAGCAGAAGUGUGGAACUCUAUCUCACAAAACAGCCACCAGGUUCUUUGGGAUAAUGCAAUUUUUGAGAUUGAAGAGCAGUUCUUGAGGAUCUCUCACUGCAGAACUAGGUGUCUAACAGAACAGGACUUGGACCUUCUGCGGAGAAUUGCAGGAUGCGGAGACUAUAUGACACUAGAAAAUUUUGAGAAGAUGUGGCACUGGUUAUACCCAGUAGCUUUCUUGUUAUCGAUAGAUAGUAUAAAUGCCAUGUGGCUGUCUACAUCACCCAAGUGGAUAGAAGGUUUGAUUACACAGGACGAGGCUGAGUCUUCACUCAGAGGUCCAAGGGGACUCCAAGGGCCAGGGACUUUCAUUCUUAGGUUUCCUACUUCUCGGUGUUGGCCCCACCCAGAUGCUGGUAGCUUGGUUGUUACUUAUGUUGGUGCCGAUUACACACUUCACCAUAGGCUGCUUUCAAUUGAUCAUAGGGAUAUAAAUCAAAAACAAUUGCAAGACUUGCUAUUGGCAGAGCCUGAACUUACUCGAUUGGGAAGAGUAACAAGGGAGCUCACCAAUCAUGCUUGAAAUGGAAAUGGAGGCCGGUUAAACUUCCUCAGUUAGUGAAGAUGACUGAUCGUUGAUGAGCUCACCCUUCUUUUGUUCAUUAUGUACAUUUGUAGUCCUGAUGUAAUGCCAUCUUUGGCUGAAGGCAUAUAAACAAUCCCUGUACAAAAUAGAGGACCUGAAAUAGAAAAGCAACCAUUUUUU